AUGAUUGCCAACGAUAAUAAGCACUGGGACGAAAACAGUGAGCGACGUGCUUACAAUGAUCGCAUCAGUCAUAUGCGGAAGAUCGAGUACCCAAUGCUUGAAGAUCUGACGUACCUCGAUCAUGGCGGCACGACGCUCGCACCCAAGUCUUUACUCAAGUCCUUCUGCGAAGAGAUGCAAAGCACUCUCCUCGCCAAUCCUCACUCUGAUUCAUCCAAUCCGAGUGUGACUGCCGUCAUGGUAGAGCAAACCCGGCUUGCUGUCUUGAAGAUGUUCAACGCCGACCCCGUUCACUUUGAUGUCGUCUUCACCGCUAAUGCCACCGGUGCCAUCAAAUUGGUGACAGAAGGGUUCUCUGGAUACGAGAAAGGAUUCGAUUACUGUUAUCAUCGUAACAGCCAUACAAGUCUGGUUGGUGUCCGAGAGCUGGCCAAUCGUAGCCACUGUUUCGCAUCCAAUGAGGAGACAGAAUACUGGCUCGCGGGAGCGAACGAAUUUGCCUUCAAAGGUCCUCUUGCGGAGAGACCAUUGUUGUUUGCUUAUCCAGCGCAGUCGAACAUGAACGGCGAGCGACUUCCGCUGGAUUGGACAGGCAAGCUACGCUUGUCGUUGCAUCAUCCGAACUCUUACUCUCUGCUUGACGUAGCAGCCCUAGUAUCCACGACCCCAAUUGACUUGAGCAACCAUCUCUUCGCCCCCGACUUCAUCUCCUUAUCCUUCUACAAGAUCUUUGGGUUCCCGGAUCUCGGUGCUCUGAUCGUCCGGAAGGCGGCUGGCCAUGUGUUCGAUCACCGGAAGUCAUGGGGAGCAUACGACCACAUUGAAGAACCCGAGGAGCUUGAUUUCGUGGCUGAGGAGGAGGAAAAGGUUGUAUCCGCGCUUUCAUGGGAGAAGGCACAUUGGUUGAAAGGUAGUCGGUGA